CCAGACCACAGAGGACAGUCAGCAUGGCCGAGCCCAAGUCCAUCCUCAGCGAGCCUAUGCCCCUCGACAUCGACAACCGCGACCCCAACAACAUGAACGAUCAUGUCCGGGUUCUCUUUGAAGACGUUUUUGGGGAGCCUGAUGGGUCUCACAGCAUCCCCGGGGUCUGGUCGAUGUCCUACAAGACCUUUGGUGGGGUGAAGAACUGCUGCUACAUUGUGUUGUCGGUGCUGUGCGGCUGCCCCCUGGCCUUCUGCUGGGCCCUGGAGUUCGCCUGCGUCCAGUGCUGCCACAUCUGGUGCAUCGGGCCCUGUAUAAAGAUGUGGAACAUGAACGUCUCCUGCAUGAAGCUGUUCUGGAGCUCCUGCAUCCACUGCAUGUGUGACCCGUGUUACGAGGCCUGCGCCCUGUGCUUCAGCCUCAUCCGGGUGCAGAACAAGAAUGGAUAGCCCCGGUGCCUACCCCAGUCACCUGGCAGCUGCCAUCAGACCUCUGAGCCAGC